CGCGUGUCGGGUCGCUACCCCACGCGUCGACCAAGAGACGAGCAAGGCUGAGUCCAUUUCACUUUUCUCCAUGGGAAAGCAACGGCAGUUUUUUUGACGACUUCAAAUGAGAGCUGAGCAGUAGGAUAAUGUCUUCUUCCUCGAACCAAAGGGCUGCGACUAUUAGUGACAGGAGGACCACCGCCAGCGGUGAGAAUGUUCUGAGCUCCAAAGCCCGUCUGGCUUCGACUUUGGGAGGAGGAAGCAAAACCGACAGAGAUGGACGACAAUUGCAGUCACCACAGAAUGCGCCCGGUGUCUCGCAGCACAGGCGCAUGCCAUCUGGCUCCCACUCCCAGCGCUCCAGCAGAACAGCAGUAGAAGAGAGACGAACAGAGCGCCACACAGUAACAACCCGCGAGACCAUCUCUUCUCGACCACGAAGCCCAGAACGACGACAAGCACCCCCCGUGGUGCCGACAAGCCGCGCCAGACCCGUCGAUCGCACGAGAUAUGCUACGCCAGAUGUUAAACCGAUACCGAGCAAACCUGAGCCUCAGCAGCUUCCGUGGGACCCUCAAGCGGUUCUGAUACCCCACACCAGCGCGCCAUUGGCGGCUCGAAUCUCGAUCCCCCCCUUGGCGUCCCAGGCACCGCAAUCGUUACAGCCUAGACCUAUGCAGGAGCUGUCGCUCGAUGCGCAGGAGUCGUCUAUUCUGGAAGACCUGCUGUUCGUUUUUAUGGGCUACGAGGGACAGUACAUUCGCUUUGCGCCUUCAUACAAUCCCAGCGCUGAGAAGGAACGGCUUGCUGGUCCGACAUUCAAGAUACACCCGGGAUUGGAUCCGAGUUUGCGGGACCUUACGACGACGAUGCUGAAGAUGGCGACUCAUUAUAUGGCUGUGGAAGCAUUUGUUGAGGUGCAGAGUCGGGAGGAGUUUGGGGCUGUGAACCAUGCUCUUUGCGCGGCGAUACGGAAGCUUUUACAGGAUUAUCUGGUUCUGAUCGCUCAGCUGGAGACGCAGUUCCUCACGAACCCGUCGUUUACUUUACAUGUGCUCAACCUCCAUACUCUGCCUACGAGUCAUAUGAUGUUCCAGGUUUAUUCGUUGGCGCAUGAGAUAUUAAAACGGAACUCCUUGUUAGAAGAGGAUUUGGAGGACUCAGAGGGUGAUUUCGACGACAUAGAAAAUAUUUUGGAGACCCUCCGAGAGGGCGGUGAUCUUGGGCCAGGUAGUAUACCUGGAAAGAAGAUCUGCAAGGGCGGGAAUGUGUUGGGGUUGAUCACAAGGAGGCUGGAAACUAUGUCGGGAGAUCCGGCGGCGAGAACGCUGCUGACUGGUUUGCUGCGAGAUGCAAGCCGACCGUACAUGAUGAUGCUGAACGAGUGGCUUCAUCAUGGAAGCAUAAAAGACCCGCAUGCAGAGUUCUUGGUUAAGGAGCAAAAGAGUAUCAAGCGUGAAAGGCUGGAACAGGACUAUACGGAUGAGUACUGGGAACGGCGAUAUACGGUUCGAGAGCAAGAUGUGCCUCCACAGCUAGAGGCUGUCAAGGAUAAGGUCCUCCUGGCUGGAAAGUAUCUCAAUGUUGUCAGAGAGUGUGGUGGAGUGGAUGUGAGCAAGGCCGUCAAGGACGUCCCAAGGUCAUUCGACGACAAUCGAUUCCUAGACAACGUCAACAGCGCAUACGCACAUGCAAACGAGUCGCUUUUGAGGCUCUUACUCACAACCCAUGCGCUCCCUGCACGCCUGAGGUCGCUGAAGCAUUACUUCUUCUUGGACCAAUCGGAUUUCUUCUCUUACUUCCUUGAAUUGGGAACAUCUGAGCUUCGGAAGCCGGUCAAGGCUGUCAAUACAAGCAAGCUGCAGUCGCUGUUGGAUCUCGUUCUACGCCAGCCUGGCAGUGUUGCUGCUCUUGAUCCUUUCAAGGAGGAUGUCAAGGUUGAGAUGAACGACAUUAGCUUGACAAAUUCGUUGACAAGAGUUGUCAACAUUUCUGGCAUAGAAGAAGGCGAGAAAUUCCAGGCCCCGGCGCAGACGACAGCGGAAACCGAGAAGUCGGCCAUUGGCUAUACAUCUCUUCAACUAGAUUACUCGGUUCCAUUCCCUGUAUCUCUGGUUAUCAGUCGCAAGACAGUGUGGAGAUACCAAGCUUUAUUCCGAUAUCUGCUGUCGCUUCGCUAUCUGGAGCAGCAGCUCGUUUCGAGCUGGCAGACUCACAACCGAGCAACGGUGUGGACUCACAAGAGCUCGCACAGGCCUAUCGAGAUGUGGAAACGAAGGGCCUGGACAUUACGAGCCCGUAUGCUUGUGUUUGUGCAGCAGCUGUUAUACUUCUGCACUGCUGAGGUUAUAGAGCCGAAUUGGCAGGCUCUCAUGGCACGGCUGAAGACCAAGGACGAGAACAAGGAUGACGGCGCGCCAGCGAGUCGCACUGUUGAUGAGCUGAUGCAGGACCACGUUGACUUUCUUGAUACGUGCCUGAAGGAGUGCAUGCUCACUAAUAGCCGGCUAUUGAGGGUGCACUCGAAACUCAUGCAAACGUGCUCCAUGUUCGCCAGCUACACGGCAUGGCUCUCAAGGGAACUGGAGAAGACCGAUACGGACUUGAACGGCCCCAACAAACCCAAUAACAUGAGCAAGAAACAAUGGCAACGCUUCCAAGACGAGCGAAGCGCGCGACACUCCGACUCGACCUCCUCCAACGCUGGAAAAGUCAGCGAGGCCGCCAGACUCGAGAAAAUCAACGAGACGCUCCACAAAUACGAAUACAACUUCAGCAGACAUCUCCAGAUUCUGCUGGAUAGUCUCAACCACUACGCCGCCACCGAGACCGUCGUGCUUCUCGGCCUCUGCGCCAGGCUCAGCACGGCAAACCAGGGAACGCCGUUCAGUGGUCUGAGGACUGAUGAGGAUGGUAUUGCAUGAUCGGCUGUUUUUCUGAAUAAAUAUUGAAAGUAUUGAGCGGCGUUUGGGGAAAAGGUUUAAUGAUAUCCAUGUCUACCAAGAAAGUUUCCUCUUGAUGAAGCGACCUGUGGAGUUUUACAUACCAAGCCAGAAUGGGCAGAUCCGGUGAUGAUAGCUGGAUAGGAGUAGCGUCUCAUUAGAUGUAUAUAAAUGUACUGUACAAUAAAUGCCUCAAUGGCACUCACAAU